AUUGUGUCCCUGCCAAAGCUGUAAAUAUCAGGCGAGCUACCACGCACAAGCUAACUAGAUAGUCGCUGUAGUACUGGACAAUAUCAUGUUGUAUCGCCUAUUAUUAACAUAGCUAGGGGGAUGUUGGACGUUCCGAUGAAAGAUGAAUCGACACUUUCUCACUCUUUUAUAAAGGACGCUGUGUAACGAUUGAAUAAUAUCUGUGGUGACUUAGCUCUGUUUAGCUAGCCUAGCCCAGCGUUGGCAAGUCGAGAGAGUAGCGUCUGACCUGAAAGAAGGGUUUCGUUGCCUGUCACUAUGCAAACGGAAACCACAGCAAUACGAAUCACGGAAAAUGAAGGCAAACUGGAUGUAUUCCCUCAGAAUAAGACCCCAAGCUCGGGGAGAGCAAGUGCCAAAAGCUGGCAGUACAGUGACCACAUGGAGAAUAUUGAUGGUUACUUGAUGAAGUACACCAACUUGGUGACGGGGUGGCAGUACAGGUUCUUUGUGUUAAACAAUGAGGCAGGCUUGUUGGAGUACUUUGUCAACGAGCAGUCACGGCCCCAGAAGCCCCGUGGCAUGCUGCCACUCGCAGGUGCUGUCAUCUCCCCCAGCGAUGAAGACUCGCACACCUUUACUGUCAACGCCAUUAGCGGGGAGCAGUACAAGCUCAGGGCCACUGAUGCCAAAGAGAGACAGCACUGGGUGAGCAGACUGCAGAUCUGCACACAACAUCACACAGAGGCCAUGGGGAAGAGUAAUCCCCCACCCAAGUCUCGGAGCUACUCUAUGGCGUCUCAGGGCAGCGGCAGCUCACCAAUGUCCAUUCGCCGACCCAGCCAAAACCCAGCUUCCUUAUUCAACUGGUCGCAGGUCCACAAGGGCUCGUCGCUCUACUCGAGCAAGAGGUCCCUGCUGCCAGAUCAUCUCAUGGAUGCCAGAGAGAUGAUGAGCCAGGCCCAGGGCCAACACAAAGACCUCAUCCAAAGUAUCGAGGGCUUGCCUGCAGCCCCCGGCCUCUCCCCUCUAGACCAGGACCUGCUAAUGCUCAAGGCCACUUCCAUGGCUACCAUGAACUGCCUCAACGAGUGCCUGCACAUGCUACACCUGCAGCAGGUGGCCAGGCAGAGAAGCUCCCUGGGAGGUCCCACCAUCGAGUGGCUCGAGCCCAAACUGCCCGACAUCCUGAAGAAUGGCAGCAGCUCCAUGGGCAGCUUCCCAACAGGUGAGGGCCAGCUGGAGGGGAGCCGUCUGGAGCUCAGCAGCCCAGAGUCCUGCACCUUCUCUGGGGAACAGGAAGACAUAGAUGUGGAGGAUGAGACAGAGGAUGCCUUCACAGACAAGGAGGAGGACCUUGUCGCUGUGGAGGAGGAACGCAGCGUCAUCCUACACCUGCUGUCGCAGCUGAAGCUGGGCAUGGACCUCACACGGGUGGUCCUGCCCACUUUCAUCUUGGAGAAACGCUCCCUGCUUGAAAUGUACGCCGACUUCAUGUCGCACCCUGACCUUUUUGUGACCAUCACUGACGGCAGCAGCCCGGAGGAUCGCAUGGUCCGGUUUGUCGAGUACUACCUCACCUCUUUCCAUGAAGGCCGCAAGGGUGCCAUAGCCAAGAAACCCUACAACCCCAUCAUCGGUGAGACCUUCCACUGCUCCUGGAAGGUACCCAAAACCCCAGAAGCGUCCAAGGAGCCUUCACAGGGGAGCUCUGAGCCGGCUGCUGCUCAAGACCCUUACCUAGUGCGCUUUGUGGCAGAGCAGGUGUCGCAUCACCCGCCUGUGUCCGGGUUUUACGCCGAAUGUCAGGAGAGACGAAUGUGCGUCAACACACACGUGUGGACCAAGAGCAAGUUCAUGGGAAUGUCCAUUGGGGUAUCCAUGAUAGGUGAAGGUUGCCUGUGUUUGCUGGAGCACGAUGAAGAGUACACCUUCACGCUGCCGUGUGCGUACGCCCGCUCCAUCCUCACCGUUCCCUGGGUGGAACUGGGUGGCAAAGUCAACAUCAGCUGUGCCAAGUCGGGCUACUCGGCGGUCAUCACUUUCCAGACUAAACCAUUUUAUGGCGGUAAACUGCAUAAAGUCACAGCAGAGGUGAAGCACAACGCUACCAAUGCGGUGGUGUGCCGCGUGCAGGGCGAGUGGAACGGCAUUUUAGAGUUUAGCUACACCAGUGGUGAGACGAGGGUGGUGGACGUCACCAAUCUGCCCGUAACGCGGAAGCUCGUACGUCCAAAUGAGAAGCAGGGACCAACUGAAUCCAGGCGUCUGUGGCAGCAUGUGACCGAGUCCUUGCGGCAGAAGGAUAUCGAAAAAGCCACGGAGCACAAGAGGAUUCUGGAGGAGAGGCAACGGACCGAGGAGAGACACCGCGUCGAGACUGAAACCGAGUGGAGAACCAGAUACUUCAACAGAGAGGGUGAAGGCUGGGUUUAUCACAAACCGCUUUGGAAAAACUCUGCUCUCAAAACUUAGUUUCUUCAGUCUGUAUCUUGGAUGCUGACAUUGUAGAUUCAGGAAUGUGUGUGUGCGCGUGUGUAUGUGU